AUGUACAACUUGGCCAAGGCAUCUCGUUCUCGUCUUAUCCCCACUUUGGCUCGUAAGAAUGUGGGCAUCCUCUCGAACAUGUCCCGUGCAUACAGCUCUGGUGGUGUCCAGGGCCCCAUCAUUGGUAUCGAUUUGGGUACUACCAACUCUUGUGUCUCUGUGAUGGAAGGCAAGAACCCCCGUGUCAUUGAAAACGCUGAAGGUGCUCGCACUACCCCUUCCGUUGUUGCCUUUGGCAAGGAUGGUGAACUUUUGGUUGGUCAAGCUGCUAAGCGUCAGGCUGUUGUCAACUCUGCCAACACUGUUUAUGCCACCAAGCGUUUGAUUGGUCGUCAAUUCAAGGAUCCUGCUGUCCAAGCUGAUGUCAAGGCUGUGUCUUACAAGAUUGUUCCCCACACCAACGGUGAUGCUUGGGUUGAAGCUCAAGGCAAAAAGUACUCUCCUUCUCAAAUGGGUGCCUUUGUCCUUGGCAAGAUGAAGGAGACCGCUGAAGGUUUCCUUGGCAAGAAGGUCAAGAACGCCGUUGUCACUGUCCCUGCUUACUUCAACGAUGCUCAGCGUCAAGCUACCAAGGAUGCUGGUAAGAUCGCUGGUCUUGAGAUUCAACGUGUGAUCAACGAGCCUACUGCUGCUGCCCUUGCUUAUGGUCUCGACAAGUCCGGUGAUAAGACCAUUGCUGUUUUCGAUUUGGGUGGUGGUACUUUUGAUAUCUCUGUUCUCGAGAUCCAAAGUGGUGUGUUCGAAGUCAAGUCUACCAAUGGUGACACCGCCCUCGGUGGUGAAGAUUUCGAUUCUCACUUGGUGCGUUACGUCUUGGAAGACUUUAAGAAGGAAUCUGGUCUCGACCUUUCCAACGAUCGCAUGGCCAUUCAACGUGUGCGUGAAGCUUGUGAGAAGGCCAAGAUUGAAUUGUCCUCCACUGUGCAAACCGAUAUCAACCUUCCCUACAUCACUGCUGAUGCCUCUGGUCCCAAGCACAUCAACACCGUUUUGACCCGUGCCAAAUUCGAAGGUAUUGUUGGUGACCUUGUUCAACGUACUGUUCCUCCUUGUGAGAAGGCCAUGAAGGAUGCUGGUAUCAGCAAGUCUGAAAUUGGUGAUGUUAUCUUGGUUGGUGGUAUGUCUCGUAUGCCCAAGGUCAUUGACACCGUCAAGAACAUCUUUGGCAAGGAGCCUUCCAAGUCUGUCAACCCUGAUGAGGCCGUUGCUAUGGGUGCUGCCAUUCAAGGUGGUGUCCUUGCUGGUUCCGUUACCGAUAUCUUGCUUCUUGAUGUCACUCCUCUCUCCCUUGGUAUCGAAACCCUUGGUGGUGUCUUCACUCGUUUGAUCAACCGUAACACUACCAUUCCUACCAAGAAGGCUCAAGUCUUCUCUACUGCCGCUGAUGGCCAAACUCAAGUCAACGUUCGUGUCUUCCAAGGUGAACGUGAAUUGUGCCGUGACAACAAGCUCCUUGGUGACUUCAACUUGACUGGUAUCCCUCCUGCUCCCAAGGGUGUUCCUCAAAUUCAAGUUGAAUUUGAUAUCGAUGCCGAUGGUAUUGUCAACGUCAGCGCUAAGGAUAAGGCCACCAACCGUGAUCAAUCCAUGACUAUUGCUGCUUCUUCUGGUUUGAGCAAUGAUGAAAUUGAAAACAUGAUCCAACAAGCUGAGGCCAAUGCUGAGGCUGAUCGUGCUCGUCGUGAUACCAUUGAAAUGGCCAACCGUGCUGAUUCGGUCAUGACUGAGACUGAGAAGGCUAUGGAAGACUUCAAGGAGCAACUUGAUAAGGCUGAAGCUGAGAAGAUCAAGGCCAAGAUCACUGAUUUGCGUGAGGAGGCCAUGAAGGCUCAAUCUGGUGAUGUUGCCAACCCCGAAGAACUCAAGGCUAAGAUUGAUGAUCUUCAACAAAGCUCUCUUAAGCUCUUUGAGAUGGUUUACAAGAACCGUGCUGCUCAAGAUGGCGGUGAUCAACAACAACAACAAGGUGCUGAUUCCUCCAGCAACACCUCCAACCAGUAA